AUGGAGCAGCAGCCGCCGCUUCCCACGCCGCUUCCGAGCCAAUCACAAGCCGAAAAGGAGGAUGAUGCCGGAAAGAAGAAGAAGAACAGGAGGAGACUACCGAGCCCGAGUGAGCUGGUGGCGCAUUACGAGAAGCAGGGUAUGGACACUCAAGGAGCCUCUUUCAAAGUCAUUCAAGAUUUGCAGAACGCUGUUUUCACAAUGAUCAGCACCACUCGAAGCCAGAAAAAAGGUGACUCUGAUUCAGAUAUUACCUCUAAAAAGCUCGACGUCAUCUACUCCCGGCUGCUUCAACUGGAAAUGAAACUGGAUUCCAAACCGGGAUACCCGCAGGCUGUCGGCAUUGGCGUGGCGUCUGCCGGAAUUUGGAAUGCUGCUGUCCAAAUUUGGAAUUCUGUUUCCCUGGCUUCUUCGUCUUCUUCAAUUCCUGAUUAA